CCGGAAGUCGUACAGUCCGUGCGGCACCGGAGGUUUCCGGCUGGUUCCGGAUCGUUUGGUCAGAAUGAAGCCGGCGGUGGAUGAGAUGUUUCCUGAAGGCGCGGGGCCGUAUGUGGACCUGGAUGAGGCAGGAGGAAGUUCAGGACUUCUGAUGGACCUUGCAGCUAAUGAAAAAGCAGUCCAUGCAGAUUUCUUUAAUGAUUUUGAAGACCUCUUUGACGACGAUGAUAUUCAGUAAUUUGGUCUCUUCACGUCAUUCAAACCUCAAAUAUGGAAAAGGAAAGAAGAUGGACAAUACUGUAGCAUAUUCAAAAACAUCCUUGUGUUUGUUAAACAUCUUGUUUUAUAAAUAUGGAUUUGAUCACUCAUUUUUGUUUUAAAGUGUACUUUUUAUUAAAUUAAUAACUUUUUUUGUAAAAUAUAUUUGUAACAUUUUUUUCUUUCAACCGCCAAAAAAAUAUGCCCUUUCACUUAGAAUAAAAUUGUUGAGGCAUUCAGAUAACUGAAGGACAGUGUUGAAGGAAGCAUCUUGGGGUACAUAGUAUAAUCAAAUCAGUGUAAAUACUUAGUUCCACUAUUUAGAAAUCACUGUGCAAUUUUUGUGCGAAGAUUUACGUUGUUAGGAUAUAUUUUGUUCACUAGUACAAUAUGAUAAUAUUGCAGAGCUGUGAAGUGUAUUAAACUCUCUUCUGACUUCCA